GUGCAUUUACGACCUACCGAUACUUGCUUUCCUGUGUGAACUGUUUUUUUAAACAUUUCUUUCAGAUGAGGACAAACACCAUCCGCAGGGCCAUGAGGAAUGACUUUUAGGAUUGCUGUGUCUCCUGAAUAAGCUCCUGGAUGUCCACUUUCAUUGGAAUUACAAUCAGCUUAUGCUCCACCAUAAAGUCAUCGCAUCUGCCUUCAUCAGCUCCACCUGUCAUUUGCCGCUUGGAGGAAUCCUCCAAGGUGUUUCAGGGAAUCCCGUGUGUAGAAUAUGUCUGGCCCUGUCCCAAGUCGCUCUCGAGUUUACCCUGAUGUAAACACACAGCGACCCAGAGAGUACUGGGACUAUGAAUCCCAUGUGGUGGACUGGGGAAACCAAGAUGACUAUCAGUUAGUGCGGAAGCUUGGCCGGGGAAAAUACAGUGAAGUGUUCGAAGCCAUAAACAUCACUAACAAUGAGAAAGUAGUCGUCAAAAUACUCAAGCCAGUGAAAAAGAAGAAGAUUAAACGAGAAAUAAAAAUUCUGGAGAACUUGAGAGGAGGCCCCAACAUUAUAACACUUUUAGACAUCAUAAAGGAUCCUGUGUCCCGAACACCAGCGCUGGUAUUUGAGCAUGUCAACAACACAGACUUCAAACAACUGUAUCAAACAUUAUCAGACUAUGACAUCCGCUUCUACAUGUAUGAAAUUCUUAAGGCUCUCGACUACUGCCACAGUAUGGGAAUAAUGCACAGAGACGUAAAACCACACAAUGUCAUGAUUGACCAUGAGCACAGAAAGCUUCGUCUGAUUGAUUGGGGCUUGGCAGAGUUUUACCACCCAAACCAGGAGUACAAUGUACGUGUGGCUUCCCGAUAUUUCAAAGGCCCAGAGCUACUUGUGGAUUAUCAGAUGUAUGACUACAGUCUGGAUAUGUGGAGUCUUGGAUGCAUGCUGGCCAGUAUGAUCUUCAGGAAGGAACCAUUUUUUCAUGGACACGACAACUAUGACCAGCUGGUUCGGAUUGCAAAGGUGCUGGGUACAGAGGACCUGUAUGAUUACAUUGACAAAUAUAACAUUGAGUUGGACCCACGCUUUAAUGACAUUUUGGGCAGGCACUCUCGGAAGAGGUGGGAAAGGUUUGUGCACAGUGAAAAUCAGCACCUGGUCAGUACAGAGGCUCUGGAUUUUCUAGAUAAGCUGCUACGUUACGACCACCAGGCUCGUCUGACAGCCCGUGAGGCCAUGGACCACUCUUACUUCUACCCCAUAGUUAAAGACCAGGGUAGAGGAGCACCGGCUGCUGGAAUGGCUGCUAGUUCCACACCCGUCAGCUCUUCUAGCUUGAUGGCAGGCAUCGCCUCUAUGACUCCGAGCACACAGCCCAACAUCGCCAACAUCAGCGCUGGUUCACCCGUCAUCCCUGCCCCGAACACAAUGGCCACACAAGUGCCCACUGCCGCUGGAGCCCAGCCCUGAACACCCACUGCCCCACCUCCACCCUCUCUCUCUUUCACAUCCCUCUCUCUCUGUCUCUCUCUCUCUCUGUUUCUCUCUCCUGUGGGCCUGUUUUGAAUUGUGAAUCGGUGGGGGGGUAGUGGGUGGGAGGAAGGCAUUAAUUUCAUUUGUGGUUCUUUUUAUUAUGUUGCAAAUAACACCGAACUAAUGUUAAGUUACCAUUUUAUUUUGUUUUUCUUCUCAGUUGUUGUUUAGGGGUUUAUGAACUCAAAAAGAAACCCAUGAUGUUUUUUGCACCUGUCUGUGUGAGUUAGAAAAGCAAAUGGGUGUGAACUUUCACUCGCCGUGACUGUUUAGAAACACGUAAAUGUCCACCUGAAAAGAAGGAUAAUAAAAUUAAUUUUAUAUGUCCCUCUAGCGUUCUUGUGCUCAAACCAUUACUUUUGACUGAUUUAAUAUUGUUAUUUUUUAGUUGUGGUUUUUUGGGAGGCUGGGAGUGUUUUUCCUUUUUUAUUGUUUUGUUGUACUUCUUUUAGUCAGUUUUUACAGCCUUGAUCACGGUGUUCACAAAACCUGGUGUCAUAUUGAGGUUCUCCGAGUGGAUAAAGAGUCGUUACUUUGAGAGUUUGGUUUUGAGGACAGGAAACGGCCGAUUUGAUUGUGGAUUUCUUCCGUUAUAGCGUUUGGACUGAAGGCCAGAUUCAAUCAAAACUAAUGUAACUUUUCUGAUUUGUGUUUCUGAUCAUUGUGUAACGAAACACCCUUAUUGAUAAUGGAAGCUCUUUUAUUUCAGCUCUGCUAGUUCUGUGUGUUGCAGGGUAAUUGGAUUUCGUCCCGGAUCUUGCAAAAGUCACUAGUUUCUGUUGGAAGGACUUAAGUAUCAAUUGCUGAGUAACACGAUCAAUAAUAUGCCAAUUUUUGUGCUACUUUCAGUUUUGUGUGUGUGUGUGAGUGUAUGUAUGAAUGGGUGUCUCUUGUUUUUUUUUUUGUUUUUUUUUUGUUUUUUUUUUUUAAGUUCAGACAUUUGUUUAAUACUAUGAAGAAUUUUUGUAAUUUUCAUUUGAGAGGUGACUGUUCAGUGAAAACACAUACAUCUCUUUCUAUCCCACGAUAAAAUCAAUUAAACAGGUGAAAUAUUAAUUUAGCA